AUGAAUUUUAUUACAAAAUGGUUAACAAUAUGUUCGAAUUGUUUUAAUCAUAGAAAUUUUUCUACUAAUGAAAAUUCUUCGUCACAAUUAUCAGAUUAUCAGAUAAAUAUACAUAAUUUAGCUAAACAUUGUUUACAUAUAUCAAAUAAAAAUGAUUUGAUUUGUUAUAAAUGUUUUGUAAAUUUUUUUGGUUAUGAUCGUUUUAUAAUUCGACAAUUAUUUAUUUAUCUUAAUUAUCAACAAACAAAUUCUAUAGAUAUUAAACAAUUUUAUCUUUUUGCUGAACGUAUAAUUAAUUGGAAUGAAUUUAUAAAUCAUAUUGAUUUUAUUUUACAAUUAUUUUAUAUUAUAUUAAAUAUAAAAAUUAAUUUUAAUGAUUAUUCAUUUAUAAAUCUACUGAAUUUAUUAGAAAAUAAUACAAUUAAUUCAUUAUUAAUAUAUGAAUUAAUGACAGAUGCUUUCUUUUUUACAACACUUCAAUCAAAUCUUACAAAUCAAAGUCAAAUUUUUUUACAAAAAUUUGUUAAUUAUUUUUCUCAAUUAAAUCAAAAACAUAAUUGUAAAAAUUAUCUAACAUUAAUAAAAAGAAUUAUACCAUGGGCGUUUAUUAGUAUUCAUCAAUGGUUAAAAACUUGUUUACUUUCUACAGACUCUAAAAGAAAAUCAUUAUCAAUUAUUUCUAAUGAAUUUAAUACAGAUUUACCAUUAACAUUUCUCUGGUAUAUAACUAAUUGGUUAGUUUCUAAUAAAGUUUUUCCUAAUGAAUAUGAUCCAAUAAUUAUAUUUGAAAAAAUUUCUUCUCAACAAUUCAUUACAAAUAUCUAUAAUUCAGAUAAACAUGGUUAUUCACUAGUGACAUUAUGUAAAUAUACAUAUGAUAUUGAUGGACCUAUUCUCAUGAUGUUUUAUUGUACUGAUGAAAAAAUCUUUGCUAUUUUAUUAGAAGGAAAACUUAUGGAUUCGGCAAAAUCAUAUGGCGGUCGAUCAUCUCUCUGUUUACAAUUAUCUCCUCAAUUUCUUAUACUCGAACGUGGUCCUGCAAUGCUCUAUUGGAAUGUUAAAACUCGUUCGAAUGGUCCAUUAGGUAUUCGUAUAGGACAUCAUGGUUUAAUACAACUAUCACUCGAUCUUAAUUUGGAAUAUAUACAUCAUUCUCAAGGUUCAAGUUCAAUAAAUCGAAUAGAAAUAUAUAAAUUAGGUUCAUAUAAAAUACCUCGAUCAACUUCAAUGAUUCUACAUCAUUCUAUUGUCAAUAAACAAUACAAUCUAUUUAGUGUUGAUGCGCAUAAACUCGCUGAAACAAUCGGUAUACAUUUGUUUACAUAA